GGAAACAAAGAAAAACAGGUUUCUUGUUGAUAAAAUACACCUUAAAACCUAAACUAUGACACAGCUUCUGUUUUGCAUUUGCACGGCAGCAACUCAUGAGAAACUUGUGCAGCUCUUGUUCAUAUUCUAGACAAUAUUAUGUCCAGAUAAUACUUGUUUUUAUGUAGUUUUCCCCAGUGUUCUUAUUGGUUUGUUAAAAUCAAACUGGGUAACAAUUUUGUUGAACAAGCUAAGAUGCAGGACAAGACAUGGGUUCAUAUAUGUGAGUCAGAUAAGAAGGAGGCUUUACGGGUGUGUUGCUGUGUUGUGUUAUAUAAUCAAUGUAAUUUCGCCCUUAUGAUUUAACUUAACUAAAAUUAUCAUUAUUAUCAUACAAUUAGAUUAAGUCAGCCUCUCGUUCAGAGAGUGGGCGGGACUUUAGUCCAGUUUCCUCAAUGACACCACUUUCUCUCCUCCCUCGCUGCCUGGCACGGAUCACCCUCCAUACUCUUGUGUGGGCGGUGUUGUGUGGAGCCACACCUCCGCCGCUGCUGCUGCUGCUGCUGCUGCGGGACUGAAGCCGAAGCCGCUCGCUUGUUCUCAACCAGCCAGCAGCGGCAGUGGUCGGACCGGAGUAUGAUCGCUGUCCGGAGCGCAUAGAUGUGCAAAACCCCUGGAAUAUCCGUGCGCUGGAGAGGCCAGAACAGACCACCGUGGAGGACUGUCUUUAUUUAGUCGACUAAAGGGAAAGAGCCACGGUGAAAGCAUGGCGGUAGAAGAGGAAGGUCUCCGGGUUUUCCAGAGCGUUAAAAUAAAAAUAGGAGAAGCAAAAAACAUCCCUCCAUACCCGGGGCCAAACAGGAUGAGGGACUGUUACUGCACUGUCAACCUGGACCAAGAGGAGGUCUUCAGGACCAAGAUAGUCGAGAAGUCACUUUGUCCGUUCUAUGGGGAGGAUUUCUACUGUGAGAUCCCACGUAGCUUCAGACACCUCUCCUUCUACAUCUUCGACAGGGACGUGUUCAGGAGGGACUCCAGCAUCGGCAAGGUUGCAGUGAAGAAAGAGGACCUGCAGAAAUAUCACGGCAAAGACACCUGGUUCCAGCUACAACCUGUCAGCGCUGACUCAGAGGUGCAGGGAAAAGUGCACCUGGAGCUGCGUCUGAGUGAAGUCAUCACAGACAGCGGAGUCAUCAGCCAUAAACUAGCCACACGAGUGCUGGAGUGCCAAGGUCUUCCAAUCGUCAACGGUCAAUGUGAUCCCUACGCUGCUGUCUCCUUACUAGGACCUUCAAGGUCAGAUGCCAAAAAGACCAAGGUGAAGAGGAAAACCAACAACCCACAGUUUGAAGAGGUUUUUUAUUUUGAGGUGACGCGCCCAUUAAGUUACACAAAGCGGCAGUUUGAUGUUGAGGAAGAGGAUGUUGACAAACUGGCACUGAGGGUGGAUCUGUGGAACGCCAGCAACCUGAAGUUCGGGGAUGAGUUCCUGGGAGGUGUGCGGGUUCCUCUGCGGGUCCUGGGUCAGGCUGGGGUCCACGACGCAUGGUACUUUCUCCAGCCGAGGGAGAACGGAGGGAAGUCAGUGAAGGUAGAAGAGCUCGGCUCUCUGCGUCUGAACAUCGUUUACACCGAGGACCACGUCUUCCCCUCCGAACAUUACACCCCGCUCAGAGAUCUGCUGCUGCACUCUGCUAACGUAGAGCCUGUGUCGGCGUCCACCGCUCACAUCCUGGGGGAGGUGUGUCGAGAGAAGCAAGAAGCCGCCAUUCCCCUCGUGCGGCUCUUUCUUCACUACGGCAAGAUAGUGCCUUUCAUCAGCGCCAUCGCUCACGCUGAGGUCAACCGCACGCAGGAUCCAAACACCAUUUUCCGGGGGAACUCGCUGACUUCUAAGUGCAUUGAUGAGACCAUGAAGCUAGCAGGAAUGCACUAUCUGCAAGUUACACUGAAACCCAUCAUAGAUGAGAUCUGCACAGACCACAAGUCCUGUGAAAUCGACCCGGUCAAACUCAAAGAGUCAGAGAACCUGGACACAAACAGGGAAAACCUCCGUCAGUACGUAGACCGCAUCUUCAACGUUAUCACCACCUCUGGCGUUCGCUGUCCCACCGUCAUGUGUGAUAUCUUCUUCUCUCUGCGAGAGUCUGCUGCCACCCGUUUCCAAGUUGACCAAGAUGUCCGAUACACAGCAGUGAGCAGUUUCAUCUUCCUGCGUUUCUUUGCUCCGGCCAUCCUUUCCCCCAACUUGUUCCAUCUACGGCCGCACCAUCCAGAUCCGGCCACAUCACGAACCCUGACCCUCAUCUCCAAGACGAUCCAGACCCUGGGAAGUCUCGCAAAGUCUAAAUCUGCAAAUUUCAAAGAGUCUUACAUGGCUGCGUUUUAUGACUACUUCAAUGAGCAGAAAUAUGCGGAUGCUGUGAAGAAUUUCCUGGACCUGAUCUCCACCUCCGGCAAAUGGGAUCAGAAGAGUAUUGAAACACCAAUCAUGCUCAAGGAGGGAUUUAUGAUCAAGAGAGCACAGGGGAGAAACCGGUUUGGAAUGAAGAACUUCAAAAAGAGAUGGUUUCGCCUCACCAACCACGAGUUUACCUACCACAAAACGAAAGGUGAGGGAGCUCUGUGCAGCAUUCCCAUAGAAAACAUCCUUGCUGUAGAGAGGCUGGAGGAGGAGUCUUUCAAGAUGAAAAAUAUGUUCCAGGUUAUCCAGCCAGAGCGGGCACUCUACAUCCAGGCCAACAACUGUGUGGAGGCACGCGACUGGAUCGACAUCCUGACCAAAGUCAGCCAGUGCAACCGCAAACGCCUGAGCACCUACCAUCCUUCAGCCUACCUCAACGGCCACUGGCUCUGUUGCAAGCUCUCAGCGGACACAGCCCCCGGGUGUACGCCCUGCACUGGCGGUCUGCCCGCAAACAUUCAGCUGGACGUAGAUGGAGACAGAGAGACUGAGAGGAUUUAUUCCCUGUUCAGCACAUACAUGACCAAACUGAUCAAGAUGCAAGAGGCCUGCGGCAGUAAGUCUGUGUACGACGGGCCCGAGCAGGAGGAAUAUUCCAGCUUUGUCAUCGAUGACCCCCAGGAGACCUACAAAACCCUGAAGCAGAUUGUCUCAGCUGUGCAGACCUUGGAGCAGCAGCACACCAAGUACAAACGGGACAAGUUCAAGAAGACAAAGAUAGGCAGCCAGGAGCAUCCGAUUGGAGACAAGAGUUUUCAGUGCUAUAUCCGCCAGCAGUCUGAGAGCUCCACCUACUCCAUCUAGCCAUGGCCCUUCCCUGUAUACUGUUUCUAUGAUGCCCAGAACCAGCAUAUUUCUCUUUACUGCAAAAAAAAAAAUCCAUCUUAACAACACUCUGAGUCAAACGUUGAGUUUUAAAUCUUUACUCUUCCUUAAAAAAUCAUCACGGUGAGAUCAUUUCUCUUGUUUCCAAUGCAGUGUAUCCAUGCUUGAAGGAAUAUAUCUCUUUUUUUUAUGACUUUUCUGGAAGCAGACGAUGCUGGUUUGGAAACAAGUAUCACCUGAUAUACUGAUUUGUUCAGUUUUAAGGAAAUAAGAGUUUUAGUACUCGCUGCCAAACUGAAUGAGCUGUGAAGAUGGACUUUUUUUGUUGCAGUGUCUCAAGGUGCAUCGCUCCAAAUUUGGAGAAACAGACCUCAGAUCAGCAAGAAAUGGAAAAAGAGGAACAGAGAUACGAAUGAAGAAGAUAAUCACACCAUGCAUCUACUUGGGUCUCCUUUCCGUGAUGGGACGAGAGAACAAACAAAACGUUUUUCACUGGACAGUUUUUGACAGUGACCAACACGCACUUUAAUCGUCUCCAAAUCUAUGGAUGAACAAGCCUCGCAGCACACUUUCAAAAAAGCUUAUUGUAUCUGUUUUGAUUUGUAUUUGGUUAUUUUAAAAGUUGUUGAAAUGUUCCGUUGUAUUUCACACGUCUGACAGACCAAACUCUAGAAGGAAAGAAGGACUGUAUGUAUGUACCAGGUUUUUCUUCUUUUUGUUUUUUUGUUUUUUUUUUUUUGCCCCCAACCUCCUCAGGAAGGCUGUGAUGGUCAAGGGAACAUAAGAAGGGAUUGUCGGGACCAAGCGUGGCCCAGAGCAGCUUGACGUUGGCCAUCAGUUUUAAUCCCUAUCAUAACAAGCUAACAGAUGUAUAGGUUCAAGUUUUCACGUUUCAUUUGAAGCCUUGUUCUGUUGUGGUUAUGAAUUGUGCCCCUGUGUAACCAGUACCUGGGUUAAAGGAAAGUUUUUCUCCUUACAUUGAGUCAAACAACCCCAUGGAUUGCCUUUUUUGUAUGCUGUUUGAAGGUAUGUUAGUUUGCUUAGCAUGGCUGAGUUUAUGGAUGUAUACACUGGAUGGCUGAUUAGCUGAACUCGAUCUAUGAACUAAGAAAUUAGAUUAUGUCCAAACGCAGUUUCUGUUGACAUCAGGGCAGAAAAUGUGUCAUGGGCCCCUAUUAACUCCAACAAUUUGUGCAUAAGCAUAACUUUAUUUAGUAAAAAUGUGCUUACAAUCGACGCUCUGUGGCCACUUUAUUAGAUAUACACCUGUAAAUUGUUAUUUAGUGCCACAGCUCUGCAGUGAAUGCUGUCUUUAUAAAUUUUAUAAUGAUCAGUUUUUGUUGACAUCGUCAUGAAUGUUUAUAUCAAUUGAUUAAUGAGGAUAUAGUUAAAGGCUUUGUCCUUACAAACAUGAGCAGCGUAGAACAUUAGAAACACCUGAAUGUACAGCAGCACCACUAACCAUGACCUCAGUGCAAAAUGUAUGAAUUUAAUUUACAGUCUGCUUAAUCUGUGACGGUGUCAUAAAAUUCAACAUUAUAGGCAUUAUAAAAGUGUCAGAACAGUUGUAUGCAAUAAAGUGGCCUCUGAGUGUAUAUAGUGUGUGUACAGAAUUACCAAACACAUUUUUAAUUGAUUAAAUGACCACAACCUAACUGUCACAUGCUGGGUCUGUGGGUCCUGGGCCUUCCCAAACCCUGGUUGACACGCACACACAUCCAUGGCAGAUUUUUCCCAGACACUCAGUAAAUACACUCAGCUAGGCUAUGAUUAAACAUAUCCUCAAACUGCAUGCAGAUGUAAUUAAGGCAUAUGUUUGUUUCACUCUGUGUGAGUAGGAAAAAAAAAAAUAUAGCCAAACAAUCCAAUCAACUAUCACAAAGCUGAAACUAUGUGUUAGCAUAGCUCAUUAACAAGGAUGGUUUUUAACUUCACUUCGAAUUAAUCCACAUACUAACAUUUUAACCUGUCUCGUCUCAAGUUAUGAUUGUGAAAUGGUUUAUGGUGUGUCACUGAUUGUGUUGCCCAGUUGGCUGCCUAAUAACGUAGUUCUGUUUUAGUGAGUUAGCGCUGUCUUACUUUGGAAAAGCUGCCCCCCCACUCCUCUGUAGUUUAAAAACCUAUUUAUAUGCAUUCCUCUGAGAAACUGCCUGCUGUGAAUCUUAACUGGUCAUCACCUCAGAAUCUGUUGAAGGUACAGGAUUUAUCGUCGCUAACCAGUUGUGUUGUGUUGUUCCACGCUUCCCGAAGGCAAACGCUCUCAUUGGCAUCCAUAUUCAUCAGCACCCACCUCUUGCCAAACCUGUGCAUGUGAAGUAUAGUUGUAGCCACAGCGAUGGUAUGGUAGCCUCCACAGUCAUCUCUGUGUGACCAGGUGACUACAAACCACAGACAAAUUUUGUAUUUUUUUCCAAAACUAAAAUACCUGGUUAUGUAGCCUCUUGGGUGGUCACAGGAUCCCAAACAGUGCCAGUCAUCACUUUUCUAAAAUUCUCUUUUUGAAAAACAAACAAAAAAUAUCAUUGUUUAGAUAUGUUUUUUUUUAUAUAUAUAAAUCUCAAAAUCUAUAACUGUUUUAAAAACAGACAGCAAUUAUUCAGAUGACAUCUUUUUUCUUUUUCCAAUAUGUUGAUCUAUGAACUUUGACGAAGGUUUGACUCUGUUUUCUAUCUUUGUCUUGUCAUACAGAAAUCUUGCUGUGUGUCUGAACUGAAUGAAUGAGGUGUGUGGUUUUUUGUGCGUAUGUUUGUGUCAGUAUGUGCACGAGUGACUGACAUGACGGGUUGUAUUGCCAAUUGAAUUAACCCAGUGUUACAGGUCAAGAAAGGCAGUGUCCCACUUGUUUUUAAAAAAGAAACCACUGCCUGUAAUUUUAUUAGAGUGUAGAAGGACGGUGGAAACACUGUCCCUCUACUCUGGCCUGAUAUAGUCCUCUUGUAUAGAACCACUGAUUCUUUUCAAAACACUUUUGCCAAUAUAUUCUCCCCCAAACAUUUUAUGUAAGUAACACAGUAAUAACAUUGAUGAAUCAUUAAGAGAGCAGUGUUGCUUUAACCUCUGAACUAUGAUGAGUGUUUGUUUCCACUGGUUACAAACUCUCCUCAGGUCUUUUUUCUUUUUCUUUUUUCCUUUCUUUUUUUUUUUUUUUUUUUUUUUUGGCCAAGACCAAGGAGACUCGUACUUAAGUAUAAACCACAAAACACUUCUGUCUCUCAUCCCUAACUUUGUAAUCAUAUUUAUUAUCAUUUUCAGCAAAAACCUUCCCAGAAACAUCAGCUCAGCCGGUGGGGGGUAAUGGCAGUUACAGUAAUGGCAACUCAUCCGACCCUGAAGCCCACACAGGAAUUACUUAUGCAAUAACUGUGUCUCAGCAUGCAAUAAUAUUAACAACCCCUCAGUAAGCCCAUCAAAUUAUCACAAAUUAACAACGCACAUCUGCUGACCUUUUACAGUAAAAUGCCUCUUCAGAUAAACACAUAUUAUAAAGGGAGAACAGUGUAUUUUGUACAAAUAUUUUAAAAGUAUUAAAAUAAGCCUGUUAUUUGUGUACAUAAAACAGUUUGAAUGAAUGGUGAAAAUGUGAUGUUUUUUUCUCCUGAAUAACUAAAUGAAACCAAUAUUAAUGCAAA